AGACCGUGCGGCUGGGUUCGGAGAGUCCCCCAGGAUCCCAUCCUGCCGCCGGCAUCCCAUCGAUCCCUGAAAUCACACCUCGGGGCAUCCCAGCCCCGCAGCCCUCUCUUGAAUCCCACACACAGCGCUCCUGCUGGGCACGUGGCUGCCAGCAAAGGCAGGGCCCGGAGCGUCAAACCCGAGGAGAAAAUACAGAACUUUUCCCGCGGUUGUUGCUAUGGAGACAGGAGCAGACGGGAACAGCUCGUUAUCCCUCUCCCUCCUGCCCUGAGCGCCCUGUGCGCCCAUCUCGGGACGGAGGAGAAGAACGACAAAGAAGACGAAGAGGACGGAUGCUGCGGGCGCAGUGACAGACGCUGACACCGCUUCGUGGUUGAGAACUCCGUGUACUUGCUCCAACGAUCCUUUGGAUCCCAUCCACCCCAAAAAUGCUCCCAGGAGCCGGGUCCGGCCGGGAGGGAGGAACCGUAGGUGCGGCAGCUCCGUCCCCGAGCCCACGGCACUGGCGCGUCCCGGGGGGAAACAGCGAAUCCUGCAAUUCCUGGGGCCGGGGGGACCGACGAGGGUCACGGACAGAGAGAAGACCCUCAGAGCUGCUCUGGCCCGCGGUGGCACCGCCGGUUCCCGCUGCCCGGCGAACCGGGAGCGUCCCGGGAGCGCCAGAGCGGUCCUGCAGCCCCCGGAGGCGCCGGCCGAGACCGGGACGGCGGUGUCCGUGCCCCGAUCCCUCCCGGGCCCCCCUCGGUCCCCUUCGGUUCUCCCACCCCGCCCGCCGGGCCCGCUGCCAUGGCAACCUGGACGUCAUAGGGGCGCGCUUUGCGGCACGGCGCGAGGGUUCGGCGCGACACUCGGUGGCGCUUUGCGGCAGUACCGGCGUGCGGAGCCAUGGCGGAGGAGGAGCUGGUAGAAGCGGCGGCAGGGAGCGGCAGCGAGAGCGAGGAGGGGGAGGAUGGCGAGCGGCGGCACCGGCAGCUCCUGGAGGCCAUCAGCGUCUUGUCCGGACGGAAGCGGCGGAAGCUGGCGGAGCGCUCGGAGGCGAGCGGGCAGGUGUCUGAGUUUAAUGUCACCUGCAAAGGUGCUGGGGAAAAGCUGGUUCUGUCGGAGCUGCUGCAGCCCAUUCAACCCAAAUCCACGCUGGGCAGUGUGAGGAAGGAGCUGGCCAGAGUGAAGCGGAAGGCGGCGGUGGAGCUGCCACUGAGCAAAGAGGAGGCCAAGAGGGUGGUGAGGGAGGCUGCCUACGUGACAACCUCAAAGGACGUGGGGAAGUGGCAGCAGGUGGUGCUGCAGAACCGGCGCGCAGAGCAGCUGGUGUUCCCCCUGCGGCAGGACAUCGCCACCGUCACCCCUCUGGAGAGAGUCACCCCGGCAUGGAAGGCCCGAACUCCACUGGAGCAGGAAAUCUUUGGAUUGCUCCACAAGACACAGCAGCCCGUCACAGACCCACUGCUGACACCUGAGGAGAUGGCCUCAGUGCAGGCCAUGAGCUUGGAGGAGGCCCAGCGCCGGCGGGCAGAGCUGCAGAAGGCCCGGGCAGUGCAGUCCUACUAUGAGGCCAAGGCUCGGCGAGCAAAGCGGAUCAAGAGCAAGAAGUACCACCGCGUGCUCAGGAAGAGCCGGAGGCGCCAGGCCCUGAAGGAGUUCGAGCAGCUGCACAAAUCGGACCCUGCGGCCGCCUUGGCACGUCUGGAGGAGCUGGAGCAGCUCAGGAUGCAGGAGCGGAUGAGCCUUAAGCACCAGAACAAGGGAAAAUGGGCCCGAUCCAGGGCCAUUAUGGCUAAGUAUGACCUCGAGGCCCGCAAGGCCAUGCAGGAGCAGCUGGCCAGGAACAAGGAGCUGAUGCAGAAGGUGCGGGUGGAACCGCCCGAGGAGGAGCUGUGUGAGGUGCCCGAGGAGGACACCACAGCCUUGCCCAUGCCCGGCGGGGCUAAUCCCUGGAUGCUGGGCAAGCCCAGUGGCCUGGCCCCACAGCCUGAGGCACAGGAGGGUCCAAGAGAUGACACAGUGCCUGGUGCUGUGGAGAACAAGGACAAGAUGGAGGAGGAGGAAGAGGAACUGUCAGAAGAAGAAGCUCUGCUGCAAGACUUUGAGCAGAAGCGACGGGAGCGGACAGGGAGCCCUGAGGGGCACGGCAGAGACCAUGGUGCUGAUGAGACUGAGAGUGGUGCUGAGCAGCCCAGGGACAGUCCAGUCCCCCCAGUCUGUGCUGAGGAGCUGGUGAGCACAGGGCCAGAGCCUCCCCCUCAGGCCCAGGAACAGCUCCUGCUCUCAGAGCAGCUGCGCCGCGUGCAGACCAUGGAGGAUGUAGAGAGUCUGGCUAAGGAGGAGCUUGUGGAAGAGCAGGAGAAGCUGGUAACCCUGAGAGCAGGGAAGCAAGCACAGCAGCAGGAGGAAGGCAGAGCUGGGGACAGACAUACCAAGAAAGCACCAGCCAAGAGGAAGAUGAUCAGCUUGGAGGCUGUGCUGGAUGGGAAGCCCCAAGAGAUGGACUGCCCCAGCCUGCCUGUAGUCCUGGAAGAGGAGGAGGGUGGCAUCGAGCAGCGUGGGAUGAUCACGGAGGCCUUUGCUGGGGAUGAUGUGGUCGCUGACUUCCGCCGGGAGAAGCGCAAGGCAGAGGAGGCGGGGAAGCCGCAGCUGGUGAACCUGGUGCUGCCAGGCUGGGGCGAGUGGGGCGGCAGGGGCCUGAAACCCAGCACCAGGAAGGUCAAGAGGUUCCUGAUCAAGCCGCCGCCUGCCCCUCCGCGGAAGGACCAGCACCUGCCCCACGUCAUCAUGAGUGAGAAGCGCAACAUUCAUGCGGCAGCACAUCAGGUCAGUGAGCUGCCCUUCCCCUUCGAGCGGCACCAGCAGUUCGAGCAGAGCAUGCAGACACCCGUGGGCCCCACGUGGAACACUCAGCGUGCCUUCCAGAAGCUGACAGCCCCUCGAGUCAUCACCCGCACUGGCCACAUCAUCCAGCCCAUCUCGGCCGAGGACGUCCCCGACACAGCGCCCAGCAGUGGGGCCAGGCUUGGGGGAGAGGCCAUGCCCGGGAGGAAGGCUAUGUCCGGGGGGAAGGCUGUGCCUGGGGAGAAGGCACAGCCUCGGCGCUGCAGAGUGCGGUAGCUCUGUGUCUGCAGCUUGGGCCUCAAACUGGAGUGAGCGGAGGAACCAGGAACAGCAGCAGCAGCUCCUGGUUCUGUCCAGUUCCUUCUACCUCUUUCUCUGCAAUGAAACCCAAGGCUGCCCUUCCUGUGCUGUCUGCAUGGCUGCCUUGGCAGUGUCCAGGGCUAGGUUGGGCCCUCCAUCCUGUCCUUGGGGUCCAUGCAGGGUCAGAUGCUUUGGCUGAGUUGAGGGUGAGAGCUUGGGGUCAGGAGCUCAUAGUGGGGCGCAUCUAGGAGCAUGGUGAAGGACUGGAAUAGCUGUCAACAUCCUGUCCUUUGUCUUUUAUAUCCCUAUUUUUGUACCUAUAUAGAUCUUUAAACCUUGGCCAAAGGGGCUUUCUCCCCACCUUGUCUUGCUGAGCCUGGCCUCGGGAGUGUUUCUUAGAUCCCACCUGCACUCCCAAAGUACCUGCUCAGCCCUAAUAAACCUGAUCACCUGGAAA